AAGCGCCUGUAGCUUGGCGGGCGGGGAAGGCGCCGCGGCGCCUCCUGGCGGCGCAGGGCGGCGCCGCCCCCGCGCUGGCCGCGCCCCGCCGGGCCCUGGGCCGGGGCACCGCGGCGAGCGCCCGCAGAGCCGCCGCGCCGGGGCCGGGGCCGGGGCCGGGGCCGGGGCCGGGGCCGGGGCCGGGGCCGCCAUGGCCACCUGGCGACGGGACGGCCGGGUGACGGCCGUGCAGCGGCUGGGCUGCGCCGGGCUGGCGGGCGCGCUGAGCCUGAGCCUCACGGCGCCGCUGGAGCUGCUGACGGUGCUGGCGCAGGUGGGCACCUGGCACUGCCGGCGGGGGCUGCGCGGCGCCGGGCGCUGCCUGUGCCGCGCCGAGGGCGUGCGGGCCCUCUGGAAGGGGAACCUCACCGCCUGCCUCCGCCUCUUCCCCUACAGCGCGCUGCAGCUCGCCGCCUCCCGCCGACUUGUUACACUUUUCACGGAUGAGUUGGGUCAUGUUUCCCAUUGGGGAGCCAUCACAGCAGGAAGUCUGGCUGGCAUGGUUGCAACCGUAGUGACUUACCCUACUGAUGUAAUUAAGACACGACUUAUUGUGCAGAACCGACUGGAACCAUCUUACGAAGGGAUUCUUCAUGCUUUUUGCAAAAUUAAGCAUCAAGAAGGAUUUCUUGCACUCUACCGUGGUGUUUCACCAGCUAUAUUAGGUGCUGUCCCAUUUUCUGCUGGCUCAUUCUUUGUUUACAUCAAUCUGGACAAAAUCUGGCAAGAACCCAUAAUUCAUUUCACUCCUCUUCAAAACUUUAUAAAUGGCUGUGUAGCAGCUGGUGUGGCACAGACACUUUCUUUCCCCUUUGAGACUGUAAAGAGGAAGAUGCAGGCACAGAGUCCUUGGCUUCCCCACUACGGAGCAGUUGACGUCCACUUUACUGGCAUGACUGACUGUUUCCGGCAAACUGUGAAGAACAAAGGUGUGCUUGGACUUUGGAGCGGACUCACACCCAGUCUGCUCAAGAUCGUCCCAUACUUCGGUGUAAUGUUUAGCACCUUCGAAUUCUGCAAGCGGGUCUGUCUGUACAGAAAUGGUUAUAUUGAAUCUCCUUUAAGUUACAAACUAACUCCUGGAGUGGAUCAGAGUUUACAGCCUCAAGAACUGAGGGAAUUAAAGCUCCUCCGCAGAGGAAACUUUGAGCCGAGGAAAUCGGCUUUUGAAAACUGAGAUCAGAAUGUCCAUUGCGGAUAUGACUGCCUUUCUUCAUCAAUUUUGCAAGAAAGACACGCUGAACUACAGGUACCAGCAUCUCAGAUUAUAUGGUUUUAGUAUUGAAACACCAGUAUCAGGAAUGAAUAAACCUUGUGUCUCAUUUGCUGAAUGGAUACAAGCAAUAUAAAUAUCAAAUGUACCUUGAAGAGGAGAGAUGCAACCAGUCUGAAAACACUGUGGUAUUGGAACAUGAAAUGAGCUUAUUUUAGGUGCUUUUCAAUGCUGAAUAGUCUUUUCAAGAUAAAACCACUUGCAGAGAGUAAGAGAACUGAAAUGAGAGUACAAAUUAUAUCUUCAAAAUAUUAGAAAAAUUCAAAUAUCUUUUUUGAAAUAGUCUGAGAUAGGAUGUCAGCAGAAAAUUGUAAACAAACUAGAAUUAUCGCAGUGUAUGAGCAUUUCUACUGAAAUCUCUGUUAGUGAUACCGUGUGGACAAGGCAUUGUGCAGAUGCAGAACUAGCCCCAGUUCGUUCACACUCCAGAAUCUUGUUUUCAGUUUUUGAGACUUACUUGAGAAUAAUAAUUUAGUAUAAGUUUUUGGCAUGAAGAUAAAAACAUGCUGCUGCAGCUGUGCUUUUGAUAAAAGAGAAUUGUAGUAUGUGAAGUGGACGCUAAAACACUGGAAUGACAAUCCGAAAAACUUAAGUGCAUAUUAGAAGAUCUUUUCCCCUUUCUCCUGCACUGUUACUGCAUGUAGGUGAAUUAUUUCAGAUUCAAAAAAAUGUUUUUCCUGAAAUCCUCUAAGUGAAAUAUUUCCUGAACAAUGCAGUUCUUAAAUGUGUUAGAUGUUUCAGAGCCAAGGCCUUGUGAUGUUUUUUCAGUAUUCAUUCUUAAAGCUCUAUUUUUAUAUUUAACUACUUUUUCAUUCUUGUGCGCAGACCCAGGCCUGUUGUGCUGCUCAGACCUUGCCUGUAGAUUAGCCCUGUGCACACAGCCAGUGAUUUUUCCACUUUAACUGUUGUGAUCUUGGAUUCUGUAGAUGCAAAACUCCCUGCGGCGCCACUAGUUUAUUGCCUGUAUAAAUGCAGCUCACAGGCCUCUGAACAGUCUAGGGAGCUCUUGGGCAAAAAAAAGAUCAUCUUGGUGUUAUUUUCUACCGAAAGUCAAACAACUUCUGUUCGCUGUUGCACCCCGCUGCCUCUUGCAGGGCCUCCCGAGCUCCACGUGCCCCCUCGCUGCCUUGUGUCCCAUUCGGGCUCUGUUAGACCAAGAGGAGCUGAGUAUGAACAGUGAUGCUGACCUGCCCUCUCUAAAGGGGGAAGUGGGUCUCACACGUGGAGAUUUAAAGAGGGUCAGAGGUAUCGCUCAGGUUUGUUUGUAGAAAUACAGCUAGGGAGCUGCAUCACUGUAGUGCCUUCUGACAGAAAAUCUUUACAGUUCUGCGGCCGCGUGGGCCCGCGUGGACCUUGUGCGGCGUGUCCCGCCAGCCCGGAGCCUGCGCAGGCCCUUCUCCCCACCACGCUCGCUCUUAACAGCUUGCAGUGGCCCUGCGGGGUGGAAAUAAGUAACUCCCAUGAACUGCUUGGUUAGGCUGGGCCACAAAGUGAGACAGUGGCCGAUCCACAGUGGGAGCAGUCUGUGACUGUGGAGAGAGGUUUGCAGAAGGAUUUGGGCCUAAUUGUAAAGGCUGACUUGCACCUAACUGUCAGUGUCGAUAUACCCUGCAGCUGAGGCCUUGCAGCCUCCCUCUAACAGGUUUGCUCAGUCCUGCUAUGCUGGCGCUUUGUGUAGGUUUUCUUCCCAGAGAGAAAUACAGACACCGAUAGCAAAAAUCAGGAUGGUAGAGAGCAGACAUUGCGGCUCACGCGUCAAAUCGAGGCUGUAAGUACUCCCGACUCUCUCAUCAGCCUGCUGUGCCUCAGUUUCCCUGUCUGCACUAUGCAGAUGAUAAUGCUGAGCUUUAUUUGGGAUGCAUGAGUAAGGAAAUGAGAUUUAUUUCAGACACGUGAAUAGAGAAAUGUGACUUGGGUCAGUACUAGAAUGAAUUGGGAAGGAACUGAUUUCUGAAGAGUGUCCUUACCUGAUCCAAGCAUACUCAUACGCUUUACUAAUGUUGUAUUUCUGUAUAGAUUUUUAAAGCGUUAGUGAUGUGUGUGUAUGGAUGUGUAUAUGAAUGCUCAGCUCUUCAAACCUGAUCGGAGUUAAGUGGGUUAAAAAGUUUACCUCUAACUUGUUUCUGAUAUGCCGAUGACACGUUCUUUGUAUUGUAACGUAUUCCUAAGACCUAUAAAUCACUUACUAACCUUCUAGCAA